ACAUUUUCGUCCUUUCACAUUCAUUCUAUGCCCUAACCACUUUUCCUCCUCCAGCUGAAAAAAAAAAUCCAAGCCCGCCAUUCUUCAUUCUUCACAUACACAUUCCUUCCUUCCUUAAAUCUCUGUUACACAGUAACCAAACCAUAUUUUCACUUAUCGCUAUUUACAAUGGGAGUACCAGCAUUUUACCGUUGGUUAGCGGAGAAAUAUCCAAUGGUCAUAGUUGAUGUUAUUGAAGAAGAAGCUGCUGUUAUUGAAGGAAUUAAAGUUCCUGUUGAUAACAGUAAGCCUAAUCCCAAUAAUAUUGAAUAUGAUAACUUGUAUUUGGAUAUGAAUGGUAUUAUUCAUCCUUGUUUUCAUCCCGAAGAUCGACCUUCUCCAACCACAUUCGAUGAGGUUUUCCAGUGCAUGUUUGACUACAUAGACAGGCUUUUCUCAAUGGUGCGUCCUCGAAAGCUGCUAUAUAUGGCCAUUGAUGGUGUUGCACCAAGGGCAAAAAUGAACCAGCAAAGAUCUAGACGUUUUAGAGCAGCAAAAGAUGCAGCAGAUGCGGCAGCCGAGGAGGAAAAGUUGCGUGAGGAAUUUGAGAGGGAGGGUAGGAAGCUUCCUCCUAAACAGGUUUCCCAAGUUUUUGAUUCAAAUGUUAUUACUCCCGGAACACAAUUCAUGGCUACAUUGUCGGUCUCUCUUCAAUACUAUAUUCAUCUUAGAAUAAACCAUGAUCCAGGAUGGAAAAAAAUUAAGGUUGUACUUUCUGAUGCAAAUGUCCCGGGUGAAGGUGAGCAUAAAAUCAUGUCCUAUAUCCGCCAGCAAAGGAAUCUUACUGGUCAUGAUCCAAAUAUGCGUCACUGUCUUUAUGGUUUGGAUGCAGAUCUAAUUAUGUUGGGUUUGGCUACACAUGAAGUUCACUUCUCCAUACUCAGAGAGGUUGUAUUUACUCCAGGCCAGCAGGACAAAUGUUUCCUUUGUGGUCAAAUGGGUCAUUUAGCUGCAAAUUGCGAAGGAAAGGCAAAGCGAAAAGCAGGGGAGUUCGAUGAGAAAGGAGAUGCCGAGGUUGUGGCAAAGAAACCAUUCCAGUUCCUCAACAUUUGGACUCUGCGGGAGUAUCUGGAAUAUGAUUUGAGAAUUCCCAAUCCUCCCUUUGUGAUUGAUUUGGAGCGUAUUGUCGAUGACUUCAUAUUUAUGUGCUUCUUCGUUGGCAAUGAUUUUCUACCACAUAUGCCCACACUUGAGAUUCGCGAGGGUGCGAUAAACUUGCUGAUGGCUGUUUAUAAGAAGGAGUUUAGGUCUUUGGGAGGGUAUCUGACUGAUGCAAGCAAGCCAAACCUUGGCAGGGUAGAAUCUUUUAUUCAGGCGGUAGGAUCAUAUGAAGAUAAGAUAUUCCAAAAGAGAUCUCAAAUGCAUCAGAGACAAUCUGAAAGAAUUAGGCGUGAAAAGGCGCAGGCAAAAAGAGGAGACGACUUUGCACCUCAAGCUGAACCUGAAUCUCUGGUUCCAGUUGCUCGAUUCCAUGGUUCUCGUCUUGCUUCAGGUCCUUCACCUUCCCCCUAUGAACAGGGAGGAACAUCAAAAUCUUGUAGACCUGAUCAGCUUGGGCAGACCACCUCUAGUCUUUCCGUCUUCGACAUUAAGAAUGAACAGUCUGAAACGUCUGAUGAUAAAAAGACUGCCAGUGCCCGAAGAAACAAAAGGAAAAGGGCUAACCUCCGUGCCAAAAAACUAUUACGUUUGAGCUCCGAGGCCACAAUAGGAGCUGCUAUUGUAGAAGCAGAGAAUGACCUUGAAAUUGAAGUUUCUGAGAACAAGGAAGAAUUGAAAACAAAGCUAAACAAGUUGCUUCGAGAGAAGAACGAUAGUUUUAACUCAGAGAAUCCUGAAGAAGACAAGGUCAAAUUGGGAGCGCCAGGAUGGAGAGAACGGUAUUAUGAUGAAAAAUUUUCUGCAAAAACACCUGAGGAAAUGGAAGCAGUACGAAAAGACGUUGUGAUGAAGUAUGUAGAAGGGCUUUGCUGGGUUAUGCAUUAUUAUUAUGAAGGGGUUUGUUCUUGGCAGUGGUUUUAUCCCUAUCAUUAUGCACCAUUUGCUUCUGAUCUUAAGGAUCUUGGCCAGAUGAAUAUCACAUUUGAACUAGGUUCUCCUUUCAAGCCAUUUAAUCAGCUGUUGGGGGUUUUCCCUGCUGCCAGUGCUCAUGCUCUACCCGAGCAGUAUAGGAAAUUGAUGACAGACCCAAAUUCACCCAUUAUUGAUUUUUAUCCUACCGAUUUUGAGGUGGACAUGAAUGGCAAGCGCUUUUCAUGGCAGGGUAUUGCCAAAUUGCCAUUUAUUGAAGAAGGGAGGCUCCUAGCAGAGGUUGCAAAAAUUGAACAUUCUUUGACGGAAGAAGAAUCACGAAGAAACAGUGUGAUGUUUGAUAUGCUUUUUGUGUCAUUAUCCAAUCCUUUGUCUCCCUGCAUUUUCUCUCUUGUUGAUCGCUAUAAGAAGCUUACAGACAAAGAACGGUUCAAAGUCAAGGAGCAGUUGGACCCGAUAGCUAGGUCUACAUGCAGUGGUGGGAUGAAUGGCUACCUAUCCCUUUGCAGUGGAGAUCCUUGUCCUCCGAUUUUUAGAUCACCUAUUGAAGGGAUGGAAGAUAUUACACAAAACCAAGUCAUAUGUGCAAUAUACAGACUUCCAGAUAAGCAUAAACAUAUUGCUCGGCCAAUGGAAGGGGUUGUUUUCCCGAAAAAGCUGGUCACAUUAGGUGAUAUAAAACCUGAUCCUGUACUGUGGCAUGAGGAGCAUAGGAAGAAACCUUGGGAAAAUGGACGGAGCCACCCCCGUGGUGCAAUGUCUGGUCGUCAGCUUGGAGAAGCUGCACAUAGACUGGUGCUUAAUAGUUUGCAGAAGAAAGAAGAUAGGGGUGGACAUGAUGAUUACAGGCGUACACAUAAUGGUCAAGGACAUAGUGAUUAUAUGCACGCCCAACCAGUGUCCUAUCCUGCUGCACGUGGUCCUCCUGUCCCUUCUCUUCAAACCCAGAGAUACAAUGUUCAUGAAAACGUACGGCCUAGUUUCGGCCAUUCUGCUCGAGAUGCUGGACGUCACUCCAGACCUCCAGGUUUCUCGAAUCUACAGCAGCAAUAUGACCAAAGUUUUAGGUCUCAGCCACACAAGGGUGGUGCGGGACCUGUCACCCAUGGUAGAGAUUAUCGUGGUCAUGGACAUCAUAUAGAUCGAAUGCAGCAAAAUGGUGGACAGAAUUAUUCCUCGCAUGGUAGUCAUCCUCAGCACGUGGGCCAGAUACCAGUUCCACCAACUCCUAAUUUCCACCAGCAGAGUGGAUUUAACACUUCUGCGAGCUAUGAACCAUACGGGGCUGGCAGCUUUAACCAACGGAGUGGUGGAAGGGCCUCUCAUAACCAAAAUGUUAAAGGACGUAAUCAUCCACAUCCUUCAGGAAAUCAGUUCUCAGCUUUUUCGAGGGGAGGUAGAAGGCCAAAUUCAGGGCAUUGUCGAUAGAUAGUCAUCUUAGCCUGGACAAAAUGAGGUUAAGCUUGAUCGUGACGUAGGAUACAAUAAAUCCUGCAAACGACUUCUGCACCAUGGGAAGCAGGAGAAGAACAAAGAGCUGUUCCUGUCAAUGAUAAUUUAUCUGCAGGCCACUUUUUGGUGCUUGUCAUAAAGGUUAUGUAGUAAUUGUUGUAUCUUUUUCCAUAUUCUUUAAUUCUAACACACAUUGUCAGUGAGUUUCAUUUGUUAGAGCGAAGCAACAUUAUAUUAUUUGAAAGGUCAAAUUGGAUGUGUAAAGAUGAAAUUUCUCAUCAAAUAGAUUAGUUAAUUUUUGUUCCAA